AUGGUGGCCAGUCUACUUUCUCGCAGCUUAAUGCUCCUAAACAUCCUCACAUCUACUUCAGCAGCAGUUCUCGGAAAGAGAACUUACGUCGAAACCGACAAUGUCCCUAAAGGAGCUCCAACAGUAAGCCUAAAAAACGGAAGCUACUAUGGAGUUUACAACUCCAAUUAUAACCAAGACUACUUCUUGGGCAUACCCUAUACUCAACCGCCCCUAGGAGAACUUCGGUUACAGGUACCUCAAUCACUCAAUGAGACAUGGACCGGGACAAGGAACGCCACACAAUAUAGUCCUGAAUGCAUUGGUUAUGGCAGUGAUACAUGGGUUCUAGGCAACGAUAUUUCCGAAGAUUGUCUGACCAUCAACGUUGUUCGUCCGAGUAACGUUGCUGCUGACGCGAAACUGCCCAUCCUGUUUUGGAUUCAUGGUGGUGGCUUUUCCGACGGUGGGAGUAGGGACCCUAGAUACAAUCAGUCAUUUCUGGUUCAGCGGUCGGUUGAGAUCGGAAAACCCAUAAUAGGUGUAAGUGUGAACUACAGAUUGUCAGGCUGGGGAUUCCUCUGGGGUGAGGAGGUUGCCACAGCAGGUGUAACCAAUCUUGGUUUUCGUGAUCAACGUCUAGCAUUGCAUUGGGUUCAGGAAAAUAUUGCAGCUUUUGGUGGUGACCCGUCUAAGGUAACUAUUCACGGAGAGUCUGCUGGUGCAAUGUCCGUGGGUACACAUCUCGUCGCUUAUGGAGGUCGCAACGACGGCCUCUUCCGAGCUGGUAUUGCGCAGUCAGGUGGUCCAAUUACGCCAAGCUACUAUAUCAACGCUUCAGCCUGGGAACCAAACUAUCAAAAUAUCGUCGCGCGGGCUGGCUGCAGCAGUGUAAGCGACACACUGGCUUGCCUACGAACUGUUCCCACAGAACAACUCAACACAAUCUUCAACUCCAGCGAUGUCACUUCGACGGGCAUCGUUGUCAUAGAUGGCGAUAUCCUCACUGAGUCAGGUACGAAGUUGACCAAAAACGGAAACUUUGUACAGGUACCGUUUUUGAUAGGCACAAACUUCGAUGAAGGUACAACCUUCGGUAUCGCCGGUAUCAAUACCACCGAGGAAUUUAAGGAAUCCCUUCUAUCUAGCGCGCCAUCGCUCACUGAAGAAGUCGUCGACAAGGUCGCCGAACUUUAUCCCGAUGUUCCCAGUCUCGGUAUUCCAUCUACCCUUAAGGGCCGUCCUCCAGCAGGAUCACCUUAUGGAGCACAAUGGAAACGCUCAGCUGCAUACGGAGGGGAUCUUACAAUGCAUACCGGCCGACGAAUCACAACCGAAGCCUGGGCUCAAUAUGGUGUUCCAGCAUAUUCGUACCACUUUGAUGUUCUUGUUCAUGGGGUAAGCGAAUAUAUAGGCAGCACACACUUUCAGGAAGUUGCCUUUGUAUUUAGCAAUACUGCUGGUCAAGGUUAUGAGAAUGCGGUUGCUGUUGAUCCGUUUGCCAAUGAGCCCGCGACUUUUGACGAGUUGGCUAGUAUCAUGUCUACUGCUUGGAUCAGUUUUGUAAAUGAUCUGGAUCCUAAUAGCAAUGCUUUCAGUCAUAAGAAAGGUAUCAAUAAAGAAGGCUUACGGUGGCCCGUCUAUGGUGGCAAAAACCCGUCAAACAUAGUUUUCAAUGUCAACAUGACGGGUUUAGCAUAUGUUGAGCCGGACACAUUCCGGGCUGAUGCUAUUGCUUAUAUGGCGGACAAGUUUGAUGGGGUAUGGGGGCGCUAA